AUGUACGUGGAGAUAGCCUGCAGGGUGGCGUCGAAUGAGUCGACUCCAUCGGGUAGUUGCUUUCUCCAGAUGAACUCGACCAAAUUAUUCUUACGCCUCGUGAACAGGCUGUCGUCGAUCAGAAGCACCAUUCCUUUGCCGCCGAUCUUGGAUUGCAGUAGAAACUGCUUCUCUUCCAAACGGCCUCUCUUCCAAACGGCUUCUCUUCCAAACGGCCUCUCUUCCAAACGGCUUCUAACGGCCUCUCUUCCAAACGGCCUCUCUUUAAAACGGCUUCUCUUCCAAACGGCUUCUCUUCCAAACGGCCUCUCUUCCAAACGGCUUCUCUUCCAAACGGCUUCUCUUCCAAACGGCCUCUCUUUAAAACGGCUUGUCUUCCAAACGGCCUAUCUUCCAAACGGCUUCUCUUCCAAGCGGCUUCUCGGCUUCUGUUCCAAACGGCCUCUCUUCCAAACGGCCUCUCUUCCAAACGGCCUCUCUUCCAAACGGCUUCUCUUCCAAACGGCCUCACUUUCAAACGGCUUCUCUUCCAAACGGCCUCUCUUCCAAACGGCUUCUCUUCCAAACAGCUUCUCUUCCAAACGGCCUCUCUUUAAAACGGCUUGUCUUCCAAACGGCUUCUCUUCCAAGCGGCUUCUCUUCCAAACGGCCUCUCUUCCAAACGGCUUCUCUUCCAAACGCCUCUCUUCCAAACGGCCUCUUCCAAACGGCUUCUCUUCCAAACGGCCUCACUUCCAAACGGCUUCUCUUCCAAACAGCCUCUCUUCCAAACGGCUUCUCUUCCAAACGGCCUCUCUUUAA